ACCCGUGACGGUCAUGAGGAAUUUUUUUUUUGCCUCUCUGAAUUCCCACAGAUUGAGGAAAGACCCUUAAGGAGUGAAGAAACACAGAGCUUGGUAGCCACAGUCUGAGGAGGCUCUCCAAUCAGGAGGAGCGUGCCCUACCAUCUGGGAAUAAUCAGCUUGAUGUUGUGCAAUCAUACAGCAGGAAUGCCUCGUGGAGACUUCAACAUCUACUUCACCAGUGGAAGGAGGGGAUACGUCAGAGCUGAGGAAGCAGUAGGAAUUGGCCUUCUGGUUGUUGUCCUGGCUGGCCUCUUCCUCCUGGGCUGCUGGUACCUCAAGAAGAGAAGCGGCUACAAAAUAAUCAGGAACACCGGAUCAGGAUCUGCAGCUUUUACAGCAGGCCACUACUCUGAGGCAGGAACUUCAGCAGACAACAAAAUGGCUUUUGUUGACUUUGGCAGCCUCCGAUCUGUGGUGCCUAAUGCUCCUCCAGCCUAUGAGAAGCUGUCUCCAGGAGCGCUGCCACCUCCUUACUCCCCCUGAGGGACGGACUCACCAACAUCUAGAGAAACGGGAAAAUCUCAAGACAUUACAUCAGAACUUGACCCGUCGGCUGAAAAUACGAGUCAUUGUCAGCAUGAUUCAUAUUUUAACUGCACCAAAGGAUAAAAUAAAAAGUUUUUAUUGCUUUGUAAAAAUCUACUUAUGAAUAAAGAUACAAUAAAUGAUUUGACUGUUUCAGUAAAAAAAAAAAAAAAAAAAAACAACAUGAACACACUUUAGGGACAGUCGCAUUGUUUAUUUCCAUGCAGUAUUGUCCAUAGCUCAUCAAUGAAAAUGUACCUAGUAAAUUUUUUUUUUUAAAUCUAUAUGG